AUGCUAACUAAGUACUCUUGAUGGGAAAUAUUGGAAUUCGGUUGCAACUAGGAAGAAUGAAGGAUCGUAUACCUCUGUGGCAGUGGAUCCAGUUGACGGUUGCAAGAGGAAGAUGCUUAGCUGUGUGGCAAACUGGCAAUGGAUGCUAGUAGCUCUGUAGCAUUGGUUACAAUUGCUCACUUUUCACUAGAUGUUGGCAGUACCAACAGCCAAGCAAAGGGAGGCAAAGUUGCCAGCGUUGGGGAUCAGGCGUACGGUUUCUUCAAGGGGCCAUGGCGGCUGCGGCGCCGAGUUCGGUGGUAGCCGGACUCGUGUCCGGGCUAGGGCUGGCGCGCUCCUCGUUAACGCCCAGCGACGGCCGCUCUCCUUCCCUCUCGCCCCUGCAUCCGCCAUGGCCCGCGGCCCCGCGGCUCGUCUGUAGGAGCAGCGGAGCCCGGCCCCCCAGGGAGAGAGCCGUGGCCGCCGCCGCCGCCGCCGCAAAUUCUCCGCGGCAGCAGCAGCAGCUAGGAGAGCAUGAGCAUGAGGAGGCUGUGGCAGCGGCGGCCAUGGAGCCGGAGAGGAGCAGUCCCCAUGAGGUGAGGGAGGAGAUAGCGAGGUGCUUCGAUCUCGUGCGCCGCCUCGGCCGUGGCGCCGUCUACCUCGGCUCCUCCAGGGUGCCGCCCACCCAUCCCCAUUACCUCCAUGCCGCCGAGCUCUCAAGGGAGAUAGCUAGGCUGCUGGACUGCACCACAUGGUCCGGAGCUGGUCCAGGUUUCAUGGAUGCUGCCACCCAAGGCGCUCUUGAGGCGGGCAAACCGGUCGGUGGCUUCAAGAUUGGCAAGGAGGCGGGUGAAUGGACAACCUCCAAUUUUCAUCCUUACCUGCCAUCAGAGUCAUAUCUCACCUGCAGGUUCUUCUCUGCAAGGAAGCAUGGGUUAGUUGAUGCCGCGGUGCGGAACUGCCCUACCGAUAGAACUGCCAUCAUUGCAUUACCUGGUGGGAUAGGGACGCUGGAUGAGCUUUUCGAGAUGAUGGCGCUAAUUCAACUGGAGCGGAUCGGUUCCACGCUUCCAGUCCCAUUCUUGCUCCUCAAUUAUGAUUCUUACUACUCCAAACUAUUGGACUUUCUGAAUGACUGCGAGGAGUGGGGAACCGUUGCUCCGGGAGAAGUAGCAUCUCUUUGGAAGGUUUGCAAUGGGAAUCAUGAAGCUUUGGAGUACCUGGCACAGUUCUACAAUGUACCUCUUGCUGAAAGAAAUUACUGCAUAUCACCACAGUUGAAGCAGCAGGCAACUUCAUAGGCCACAAGUUGACGAUUCAGAUGUAAACGCAGCACGCCAAGAUUGAUCAUCGUCGCAUGUAGAAGUGGCAUGGUUGUUGUACUCCGGUACAUCCUCGCUCUCCUGCCGGUAGAAUCCCCCCAGUGCUGACUCCGGCAGCCGGCUGUCCGCAAGGAAGUGCUUCAUCGUCUCCAUCUCCAUCUCGUGCUUCUUCUUCAUCUUCUCCAGCUGCUUCUUGAGCUUGUCGUUCUCCUGCUGCAUCGCUGCACUCCUCUCCUGCAAAUCCAAAGCGAGCAAAUCAAAUUGUUAUCUGUGUACUUGUAGUGUUCAGCAGAACAUAGUUUAAGCAAGCAAAUUGAAUUGUUAUCUGUGUCUUUGAACAAA